ACUUCAAAUGAUAGAACAGCAAGCCUUUCCACUGAUGUUAAGAACCUAAAGGAAGAUAUGAAGCAGUGCAAGAAAAUAGGGCGCGAAAUUGAAGACCUUUCUCAAUACUUGCGCCGCGACUGCUUGGAGCUGACAGGCGUUUUACCAACCGAAGAAGUAUCUUGUUUUGACCUUGUUUGUUCUAUUGGGAAGGAAAUGGGUAUCGAGCUGCAAGAUGAAGACAUCUCCACGGCCCACCGUUUACCCACUUACAAUAAAAGUGCAGAAGACAAGAUUAUCGUCAAGUUUACGCGUCGCAGUAUUCGGGACGAGUUUUCCGGAAAGAGGAAAACAAUCGCCGGCAAAGAAGUUGGUAAAGUUGGCACUCUACGGGAUCUUUCUCAAGACCCAAAGAAGAAAUUAUAUAUCUCCGAGUCGCUAACACAAGCAAGAAAGAAAUUGUUUGGCAGCAUUAACAAGUUUAAGAAGGACAACAAGUGGAAAUAUAUUUGGAGCAACAACGGGCGAAUAUACCUCAAGCAAAGAGACGGGGAAAAGCGACGUUCACAUUCAACCACGCAGACGAGUUCGCUGACUUCAAAAGUAAAUUUCCUCUUGGAUAAGUGAAGUCUAUUUUUUUUCUUUUAUUUAGUAGGUGCAUAUGCCCAAAUUUUGCUGUUUCUAGUACCGAUCCUGGUAAGUCAUUCAGUUGGAACUGUUCAAGUUAUUUAAUUAUAAUUACUUGACACGACUGUGAAUUAUUUAUUGGAACUGCCAUUUUAUGGCUUAACAGACAGGCGAGAAUUCGCGAAAGCUGUGGGAUCAUGGGUGUACGAUACUGUUCUUACGCUUGAAGAAAGAGAUUUAUUUGAGAACGUUCUUGAAAGCCCUGACAAAAACGAUCAGUUCUUGAAUAUCUUAGGAAAUUUAAAGAUAGAGUCAAAAUACUACACAAUCAAGCAAUCUGGCACGUGCUUUCAAAAAUUUAACACAAGAGGCUUCUCAAUAUUCAAUUGUAAUAUUCGGAGCUUAGGAAAGAAUUUAUGUCUGCUUAAUGAUAUUUUGAUAACCGUGAAGGAAAUGCCUAGCAUUAUAACUAUUUCUGAAACUAAGCUAAACGACAAUAAUCAGCGUCUUCCCAAUAUUAAUAUACCUGGUUACAAUUUUGUUGGUGUGAAUUCUAGAACGAACGCUGGGGGAGUUGGUAUUUACAUAAAACAAAACCUAAAUUUUUUUCGCAGGCGGGACCUAGAGUUUUCUUCUGACGGUUUUGAAACGUGCUUUGUUGAACUACCGAGAGAAAGGCAAAAGAGUAUUAUUAUUAGGUAUCCUGCAAGG